GAUGGGAUUGCUUGCCCAAAUGAUCACUUGGGGCUGGUGUUGGGUUCCCAGGCUCCUUGUUAUUGGUGCAGGCGUAAUAAAGGGUUGUUCUCCUUGUUGUGUGAACUGAGUGCAGAAGAACUGUACCUGGCAUAGGCCAAUGGUGGGACUUACCCUCUGCUGAACAGCAUUUGCUUAGCAGGGGACUUGGGUUCCAACGUCCAAUGAGUUGAGAGAAGGGAGUCACACUACAGCAUCAGCUGGAGAGCCAGCCCUUACUUUGAAUCUCCUUUGGUGAACGAACCCUUUCACAGAACUCCAAAAAUUGUCGUUAGAAGGAGGUGAUAGCUAAGGGAAGCAGCUAGAAACAUAAGGAAGUCACUCUGAACACUACACUUCAGUCUUCCUUCAGCUGUGGAGGUUACAUCCACUACAGAGCUCUUUUCUUCCAACAGAAGCAAAUUGGCAGCAUCUCUGAAGAUCUAAACAUAGAAGGGACAUUGCCAGAACGUAGCCAUACACUAUGGGGUUUCCUGAAAUGAUGCUGAGUGAAGAUUUUGACAACUACUCCUAUUUCUAUGAGUAUGAGGAAGAGGAACCACCCCAGUCCUACCUCAGUGUUGCACACAUCAUCUCUCUUUCCUUAUGCAGUGUGGCUUUUCUCCUGGGGGUGCCAGGAAAUGCCAUAGUCAUCUGGUUUAUGGGGUUUAAAUGGAAUAAAUCAGUCAGUACCCUCUGGUUCCUCAACCUGGCCAUUGCAGACUUCAUCUUUGUUCUUUUCCUGCCUCUCUACAUUACGUAUGUGGCCAUGGGCUUCCAUUGGCCCUUUGGGAAAUGGCUCUGCAAGACCAACUCCUUCAUUGCUUUACUAAAUAUGUUUGCCAGUGUCUUCUUCCUGACCAUCAUCAGCCUUGACCGCUAUAUCCGCCUGGUACACCCAGUCUUUUCCAACAAAUAUCGGACCCUAAGGAACACCCUCAUUCUGAGUGUGAUUAUUUGGAUCUCAGCUGCUGCUAUUGGUGCCCCUGCCUUAUACUUCAGAGACACAAUUACCAUUCACAACUCCACUAUUUGCUAUAACAACUUCCAUCCGUAUGACAAAGAACUCAUUCUGAUGAGGCAUAAUAUUUUCAUUUGGGUGAGGCUUGUUUGUGGCUACCUCUUUCCCCUAGUGACCAUGGUCCUUUGUUACUCAUUUCUGGUUCUGAAGGUGAAGAAGAGAACCAUGCUGACUUCCAGCAGGCUUUUCUGGACCAUCCUUGCGGUAGUUGUAGCUUUUUUUGUUUGCUGGACCCCCUAUCACAUAUUUACCGUUCUGGAACUAUCGGCUCACCAUAAUGAACGCUUCCAUGACUUGCUUCUCAGCGGUAUUCCCCUCUCUACUGGCCUAGCUUUCAUCAACAGCUGCCUCAAUCCAAUCCUCUAUGUUCUGAUUAGCAAGAAGUUCCAAACCCGUGUCAGGGCAACAGUUUCUGAGGCACUAAAACUUGCAGUCUGGGAGGUCAGCCGGUCUGCAACAGUCAGUGAACAACUGCGGAACUCUGACAACAGCUAUCCGGCUGUGCGGUAUUGUGAAACCACUCAGUGACCAGCUUGUACAAAAUCUCUUCCUCACUGCAUAUAACCAGCAGUAGUUUCACAGUCAAACCGAUGUGUAUCUUAGCUACGAAAAAGAACAAUGGGUUGAUUGCAAUCAAUUUAAUGCUGCACCCUAUGUUAGCUGGAUUUUUUUUUUUUUUUUUUUUUUUUUUUUUUUUUAAGGCUGCAGAAUUUCGAUAGGAUGCUAGUUUGAUGUACAAAGGACCUGCGUCAAAGCCCACUGCAAUCACUGGGAUUUGGAUCAGAGAGAGAAACAUUCCCACUGUAAAUCCUAUUGUGUAAAUUCUAGAAGAGGUAUUGAAAGUGACACCUUCUCAACAUAAUCAUAUAUAACAAAUAUUUCUCUGUUGAAUUAUGUAACACCUUAGAUCCAGGAGUUCUCAGCCUAGAGCUCACACUUCCAAUAGUGCUAAAUAAGGAGAACUCCUGGUUAGAUCCCAGCUAGGGGGAGGAGGCCCCAUCUGAGUAGGAAAGGGGUCCCAGUAUAGAAAAGGAUCCCAAAUAUGGAAAAGGUUGAACAAGUGUACAACAAAAAUCAAUUAACAUCCCCUGUUUAGUGGUUGAUGUUUCCUUACACAACGCUUAGACAACCUCAUACCCUGGAGUCUGAUACAUUGUGGCUUCCUAGUCAGUUUCAUUUCCUGGUUGUCCAUGUUUUUGAUGUCUUAUGGUGAGGAGGGGAUGUUUUAAUUUUUUUUCCCCUCUCCUGGAAACAAAGAAAUAACAUUUUUUUCCUAAUCAUAGUAUAGAUUGCAUGACCCCUGCCUCCCUCUACUACUACACUAGGGUUGCCAACUUUCUUCUCACAUAAAGCCAAACAACCUUGCCCUACCCCUUGCACCAUCCCUUCUCUGAGGCCCUGAGUUUCCUGUUAGCUCAUGUGUACCUAGUAAAAGGUAUAUUUUCAGCCAGCUUGAAUACAUGUAUGUACAAAACUAUACACACAUUCUUGCCUCAGAUUGGGGCUGUAAUAUGGUUAUAACACCAUAUAGCCUUGUCUACACAAGUAAAGUUUACAGUGUAGAUGGGGCUCUAUAUAUAGAUUCAUGCAUAAUGUUCUUUUACACAAAAUAUUCUAAUCACUUUGAACUAUAGUUGCACAAAUAUGAAUAGAUCAAUAUUGCCUGCAGCCACAUUUUGGUCUGAGUUCAUUAGGCCUCAUGAGCUGAGGGGUGUUAGACUGGAUCAGUACCAUCUCAGAAAUACACCUAAAUACUACAAAAUAUGACGUUGCUAAUUGGUUAGGUACCACUCUUUCCUGAGUCAUUACAGAACGAGUGCCUCAGCAAGGUGUUACGAGCUUUGUGCUGCGGAAUAUGCCUUAACCAGAACUUCUACCCUCUCUUCUUUAGAUUCCCUGGCAUUUUUUCCUAACAGCAGGGUGUUAGCCUUCUGCUGUUUAUGAAUACAGUAUUCUUCACUUCCUCUCCUCAGCAGAAAUGCACGGUUCCUGUCUGCUCUUAAAACAGCUCCUUUGUUCAACGCAAAGGAUUCUGGAAAAAUAAUCCAAGUAUAGUGGAUUUCUCAAUCUCAGUGCUAAGGCACAUUGCAGCAAUUCUCUUUGACAGUAGUUCAAGCCCUUAUUUUGCAUAGUCAAAAGGGUUAGCAAAGGAGUCAGUAAAUAUUUUUUUUUUUCAAAGCUGUGGAAUAUUCAAGAGAUCCAUGCUUAGUAUUGUUGGACUAUCACCAUGGUUUGUUAGGAACAGCAGUUCAGUGACUCAUGGGACAGGAGGACAUAAACCAAUAUGUAGCAAGCUUCUUGAGCUAAUAACAACCCUGAAAUAAUUCUAGAAGAGGUACAGAUUUGAAGACACAGCACAAGAAUGCCAGUUACUGCCACUGGAUAGGAAGAAAAGGACUGGCAACCUGCCCAAGUAAUUCACACCAAGGCACAGGCAUUGUAACUACUGCAUAAGUCACCUCUACGGAAGGAACAGAAGACAUCUAAACAAAACCAAGGAAGACACAAGCUUUGUUUCCUGGAGGACAGUGAGAUAGAUGCUAAUGGAGUCUGUAUGCUGAUCGAAAUGACAGAUGCUUACUCAAGUCACUGACUAUAGAAAAAUGGCAGGAGCAGCAAAUGCCAGGUGCAGAUGGUGGAGCCAUCUCAGCAGCUGUACAGGCCAGUGCAGGACAAACUAUCCUGAGAAGGGAAAGUGGCUGUUUGAUUGGAAAGCCAGCCUGAGAUUUAAGGAUAACAACUAUUGACAGAUGUCUGGAUAAGAAGUAGAACAGUCCUCUCGUCUGAACAGCUGCUCUGACAUUCCUAAGCAGUCUGUGAGGUUUAGUACUUAAAUUAGUUUGUGGCUGUUUCUUUUGCUAUUAUACUUGAUUUUUCAAUAAAGGGAAGCUGUACAGUAACCACUGGA